CGUGAACAAUGCGAAAAGGUUUGAGCCGUGGCUAAUUUGGCAAGGCACCGUGCUUUGAUUUUAAUCGUGAAACCAAUAAAGAUUGGCUGARCUUUCCCAAUCUCUCUCAACGAACCGAAUGCAAACUCUGCCUGGGUGCUGGUGUCCCACGUAGGCUCACAAACAGCGCCCGACGUUCUGAUUCGAAAGUUCAGGUUCUUUGUUAACGUGGCUUAUCAGAACACUGUAUGUAUGUGCUGUGUGAGGUUCGUGCAGGAGCGUUGUGGUGAGGCGAGAGUGGCUUUGCGCUGGCCGUUUUUAUUCUCUCUGUGUUUCCUCGUUCUCUCUCUUCCCCCCCCCACGUCAUUGUGUUCUGCAUCAACCCCCUUCCAUCCCUCAGAGCUUCGAGAAGGAGCUUCAGAUUCAUUGCGCCGCGUGCCCCCUCGUUUCUCUAUCUCACCCAACAAUCACGAGAUCAUGCCCGGGGGGAGCGUCAACAUCACCUGCGUGGCCGUGGGUUCGCCCAUGCCUUACGUCAAGUGGAUGUUGGGCAUGGAGGACCUGACCCCAGAGGACGAGAUGCCCAUCGGACGGAACGUGCUGGAGCUCAACGGCGUCCGGGAGUCGGCCAACUACACCUGCGUGGCCAUGAGCAGCCUGGGCAUCAUUGAGGCCACUGCUCAGGUCUUAGUCAAGACUUUACCGAAGCCUCCUGGCACGCCCAUCGUCACAGAGACCACAGCGACCAGCAUCACCAUCACCUGGGACUCGGGCAAUCCCGACCCCGUGACCUACUACAUCAUUCAGUACCGGGCCAAAGGGCCGGACAGCAAGUAUGAGACGGUAGACGGCAUCACCACCACCCGCUACAGCAUCGGCGGCCUCUACCCCAACACGGAGUACGAAAUCCGGGUGUCGGCCUUCAACAGCAUCGGCCAGGGGCCGCCGUCCGCACGCGUGGAGGCUCGCACCGGAGAGCAAGCCCCCGCGAGCCCCCCGAGGAACGUGCAGGCCCACGUUAUCUCUGAGAACACGGUGAUGGUGCGCUGGGAGGAACCGGAGGAGCCCAAUGGACAGGUGAAAGGCUACCGUGUGUACUACACCAUGGACCCAUCCCGAGCCAUUAACGAGUGGCAGAUACACAACGUGCAGGACAGCGUGAUCACUACCAUUCAGAACCUUGUGACCUCGGAGACGUACACCAUCCAGGUCCUGGCUUUCACCUCCGUAGGCGAUGGCCCCUUUUCAGAUCCUGUACAUGUGAAAGUUUUGCGUGGAGUUCCAGGUCAACCAGGAAAGUUUAAAGUYGGGAAGGUGACAGACACCAGCAUUGAGCUGACCUGGGAGCCUGCGUACACCAAGGAGAAAAUUGUCAACUACGAGCUUCUCUAUAAGCCUGUCAAGUUUGGCAGUUUGGAGAAGUUGACCUUCGGGCCGAGGAACUCUUACACCGUCGAGGGCCUGAAAGCAAACACCGAGUACUCCUUCUCCCUGGCCGCCAUCUCCAACAAAGGCAUCGGCGCGUUCACCAACGAACUUGUGCAGAGGACAUCCCAAGCCAAGCCCUCAGCUGCACCUGAAGGUGUGUCCUGCGAGAGUGUCAGCUCCACCUCACUGGGAGUGAGCUGGAGGCCGCCUCGGGCGGAGGCCCAGAAUGGCGAGUUGGCAGGUUWUGAGCUSAAAUACCAAAGAGUUUCUGGGACAGGAGAAGAUGGAGGAGAAGGAGGAGAAACUCAGGGCUUUGAGGUGGAUGGGCCGCCCAUCACAGCGCAGCAGAGGCAGAUUGUGUUAGAGGGCCUGGAGAAGUGGAGCUGGUACAACAUCACGCUGGCAGCCUCCACAGCARUGGGGACCGGACCCAGGAGCCCGGCCGUGCUGUGCAGAACUCACGAGGACGUUCCCGGCGCCGCUCCCCGUCAGGUGGACGUUCAGCCRCUCAACUCCUCGGCUCUCCGGGUAACAUGGCGCUCCGUGUUGCCACGGUUACGGCAAGGCCAGAUACGGGGKUACCAGGUGCACUUCAGCCGCACGGAGAGCGGUGAAUCACGCACCCUGCCCCGAAUCAAAGACCUCCUGUUGGACGAAUCCCAGAUGGAGGAGGAUGAUUCGACUCAGUAUGAACUGGUUUUAGGAGGUUUGAAAGCAGAGACUCUGUACUCUGUCUCAGUGGCUGCGUACACCACCAAAGGGGAUGGAGCACACAGCAAAGCUAAGCUGGUGCAGACCACAGGGAUUGUGCCCGGCUCUCCGUCCCUGUGGGUGCGUCCAGGAUCCGGCUCGUCUGUGGUGGUGAGGUGGUCUCCUCCRCUCGAGUGCUCCGAGACAGGUUCUGAUGGCCGGGCGGCCCCAGUGGAAAUCCAGGGCUACCGCCUCCAGUUCGGGCCAAAGAACGCUUCUUUAAACGGCACUGUGGAUUUCCAGCCUCAAGAGAGAAAUUUCACUGUCAGAAACCUCUCCCCGGGGUCCUCCUACGUCUUUGUCCUCUCCGCGAAAAGYCGAGCCGGCUACGGAAACGCGACACGACAGGAAAUAGCCGUCCCCACGUGUCCGCCUUCAGGAUACCCUAAAAUAAUCGAUUUYGUGAACGCUACCUGCUGCUCCCUCCAGUUCUCCUGGCUGCCCCCCUCCCCGGACGAGUGCAGCAGCACCGUCACAGAGUACACCGUCGCUUACAGAAAGGCUUUUGACUCGGGCUCCUCUGCCCUCCCGGCCUCCUCUGCUGCCCCCUGGCUCAUCACACUUCCUGCAAGUGAGUCCAGCUAUACCAUCUUGGGCCUGAAUCACAGCACAGCCUACGAGGUGCAGCUCAGAGCCCACAACCAGGCAGGGCCAGGCCCUUUCAGCCCUGCUCUGUUGUACCUCACCCUGGCCUUUGAAACAGAUGUGCCGAGAAAUUUCUCUGUCAAUCUGGCCACCAAGACCAGCGUUCUUCUCACCUGGGACUUUCCAGAAACCAGCAACCCCUACCGCUUCAUUGUGGAGUACAACCGUCAGAAGAUGGAGGUGGACGCGCGUCUGAAGAAGGCAGUCAUCCCGAACUUGCAGCCAGACACCAGCUACGACUUUAAAAUCACGGCUCCCGAGGGCAACAUGGGAGGCCUCCGCCACCGCAUCACAGCCAAAACGUCCCCACCGAUCACCAUCCGCCGUCCUGAGAUCGACCAGAGCCGCCGUGAAACCGAAGCCACGGUCACCAUCAUCCUGCCGUUGCUGGAAACUCGCACUCCCAUCAAGAACAUUUAUGUCGUUGUGGUUCCAUUGCGGAGAGCCCGCGGCGUCAUCAGACACCUGAAGAGUCCGGAUGAAAUGGACCUCGAGGAGCUUUUGAAAGACAUCAGUCAAAGGCAGAGGGAUUCUCGACAGCAGAAGCAGGUGGACCUGAGGCGGGCUUACAUCACAGCCCGUUUCACACCUGAAACCCUACCAGCCUUCUUCUCUUUGGGGGACCAGCUGGACUACGGAGGCUUCGAGAACCGUGCUCUAGAGCCGGGCCAGGAGUACGUCUUUUUCAUCCUGGCUGAACUCAACUCCACAACAGGGAGGAUGUACGUGGCCAGCCCUUACACAGACAAAGUGAUCGCCCCGGACUCAGACCCCCAGCCCUUCGAUGCGGGCGACGGACUGAUCUGGGUCGUCGGACCCGUCCUGGCCGUGGUCUUCAUCAUCUGCAUCGUUAUUGCUAUCCUCCUUUACAAAAACAAACCUGACAGCAAGCGCAAAGACUCUGAACCAGGAACCAAGAGCCUUUUGAGCAACGCGGAGAUGAUGGCUCAUCACCCGACGGACCCCGUGGAGAUGAGACGCAUCAAUUUCCAGACUCCUGGAAUGAUGAGCCACCCCCCCAUCCCCAUCAGUGAGCUGGCUGAGCACAUCGAGCUGCUGAAAGCCAACGACAACCUGAGACUCUCCCAAGAGUACGAGUCGAUCGACCCCAGCCAGCAGUUCACCUGGGAGCACUCCAACCUGGAGGUGAAUAAACCCAAAAACCGCUACGCCAACGUCAUCGCGUACGACCACACCCGAGUCGUUCUGGCUCCCAUAGACGGUAUCCUGGGGAGUGACUACAUCAAUGCUAACUUCAUCGACGGGUACAGAAAGCAGAAUGCCUACAUCGCCACCCAGGGGCCCCUGGCGGAGACAUUCGGGGACUUCUGGAGGAUGGUGUGGGAGCAGCGAACCGCCUCUGUCGUCAUGAUGACGCGGCUGGAGGAGAAAUCUCGGAUCAAGUGCGAUCAGUACUGGCCGAGUCGCGGCACAGAGACAUACGGGAUGACCCAGGUCACGCUGCUGGACACGAUGGAGCUUGCCACCUUCUGCGUUCGCACUUUUUCCCUGCAUAAGAGUGGCAGCAGUGAACGGAGGGAGGUGCGUCAGUUCCAGUUCACCGCCUGGCCCGAUCAUGGCGUGCCUGAAUAUCCCACCCCCUUCCUGAACUUCCUUCGCAGGGUAAAAGCCUGCAACCCUCCUGAUGCCGGACCCAUCAUUGUUCACUGCAGCGCCGGCGUGGGUCGCACCGGCUGUUUCAUCGUCAUCGACGCCAUGCUGGAGCGCAUUCGGCAUGAGCGCACCGUGGACAUCUACGGCCACGUGACCCUCAUGCGCUCGCAGAGGAACUACAUGGUGCAGACGGAGGACCAGUACAGCUUCAUCCACGAGUCCCUGCUGGAGGCCGUGGCCUGUGGGAACACGGAAGUGGCAGCCCGCAGCCUGUACUCCUACAUGCAGAARCUGUCCAAGGUGGAGCCUGGCGAGCACGUCACCGGCAUGGAGCUGGAGUUCAAGCGUCUGGCCAACACCAAAGCGCACACGUCGCGGUUUGUCACAGCCAACCUCCCUUGCAACAAAUUCAAGAACCGACUGGUGAACAUCAUGCCCUACGAAACCACUCGCGUUUGCCUGCAGCCCAUCCGCGGUGUGUGCAGGCAGCAAAAAGGCUACAUUGCCACCCAGGGUCCGCUUGCCGAGACCACGGAGGACUUCUGGAGGAUGCUGUGGGAGCACAACUCCACCAUCGUGGUCAUGCUGACAAAGCUGAGAGAAAUGGGACGGGAAAAGUGUCACCAGUACUGGCCCGCCGAGCGCUCCGCCAGGUACCAGUACUUUGUGGUUGACCCGAUGGCGGAGUACAACAUGCCCCAGUACAUCCUGCGGGAGUUCAAAGUUACAGACGCCAGGGACGGCCAGUCCAGAACGGUACGUCAGUUCCAGUUCACCGACUGGCCCGAGCAAGGCGUGCCGAAAUCCGGAGAGGGCUUCAUCGACUUCAUCGGCCAAGUGCACAAAACCAAGGAGCAGUUUGGCCAGGACGGACCAAUCGCCGUUCACUGCAGCGCUGGUGUGGGGCGGACAGGUGUCUUCAUCACGCUGAGCAUCGUCCUCGAGAGGAUGCGUUACGAGGGCGCAGUGGACAUCUUCCAAACUGUCAAGAUGCUGCGGACACAGAGACCGGCCAUGGUGCAGACCGAGGAUGAGUACCAGUUCUGCUAUCAGGCUGCUCUGGAGUACCUGGGUAGCUUUGACCACUAUGCAACAUAAGAGAGAGAGAACCACACAUCCACCUUUCUGCUUCAACAAAACGACAAACGACACGAGAGAAGGGGAGGAGGGGGUGGUCCAAAAAACGGCGACAACAUUCAACUUUUCCUGGAAGCGAGACUUAAAGACCAAUUCUGCACCGACUAGCGACAAAAACASCAUCAAGAGUUCUCUUAGCAGCGKCCGAGCUCGCCAGCGCUUUCCCUGCCGGGCGAAGAGACUAUCCAUGUGUAAUCCAUAUACUUACCUCAGUGUUCCAGUGUGAAGGACGUAUAAAUACAUGUGUUGUGGUCAGCUAUCUCAAGUAUGAACCAGUGAAAUACAAAAGGUUUCCGAACAGGAGCUACGCUACUCUAUGUGUGUAAAAUACAAAAAAGAUCUAAGAGAAAAACAUAAAAAACAAAACAAAAAAAACAACAACAAAAAAAACAGAGCCUGGAUAUUUGCUGCACCCUAAAUGGGCUUUUUAUCCUCAACUUUAUAUCUAUUAGUUUGAUGUACUUAAAGGAGUAACAAGGUGAACAUUUCUUUGUGUCUGCGAGUCGACUUGGAUUGCGUCCGCAGACCCAWCAGCYCCRAGGACUUUGUGGCUCGUUCACCAGAUGCACAGUGCCAA